UGUAGAAGCUGGCUUCCUGUCAGCCUCCAGAUGACAACAGUUAAAGAUGCCUGAUUCUCAGCUGUCCUUUCAGCCACGCAUCGGCCCAGAGACUAAUGGAAACAAUCGGGACUGUGUAAGGAGCUUGACUAGGGGAACACGGGGAAGGCAAUGGGAUGGCCAGAGAUACCUGUGUGAAGGCCUAUUGGAAGGUGGCUGCUAAAACUGGGGAUAGCUGCCUACUCACUAGUUGCAAGCAGGAGACCGCUGGGCAGGCAAAAUUUCACUGUACUGAAGACCAUUACUCAGAGCCGUGAAGGGCAUCUUUAACCUUGUCCUAUUUACUGGGGGUACUUGGGCAAUUCACAAACGGGAACAAACACUGAGGCGCUUAUGAACUUCCGAGGGAUAAGAUAUGAUGGGUAUGAGGAAUGUCUGAAUUAAAUGCUGAAAAAAAUGAAUCAGCAGUGUUAACAAUGCCCAUCCAACAGUAUUACAUUAUGAACCAUAAAAAACGAUGAAUACAACUUUUAAAUACGUAUGCUAUGUGAUAAUUAUAGCAGACACGUACAGUAGCAUGGAAAUAAAAAAUUGAGAAAGACAUUGUUCGCGUCCUGGUUUACCUAUCACCCCCGCCCCCCUCACCGACCUAUAUAUCUUGCUUUGUCUUCCCCUUUGUUUUUCUUUGUUUUUUGCUGAUGGUGGGGCGGUGGUGGAUUUUGUGAACAGACGUGAUGUUUUUUUGUGUGUGUAUGCAACGCAAGCAAAGAGCGAGGUGGGAUUGUCACUGAGCAGCUGGGCACUAAGGAAAACCCGCUACAUCCGAAACAGAAAUCAAGCCAAGUAUCGAAGAAAAGGGGCUUCAUCUUUAACAGGGGAGGUGCGUGCCUGCGCUGGACUGGAUUAUUGUUUUCCACUCUUCUUUUUUUUUUUUGCCCGGACCAAGCUGCGAGAGUUUGCUCCGAAGAUGUUGCUGACUUGAGGGGACUUUAGCCGGUGGGAUGUAAGCGGAAGCGAAGACAGACCGUCACACCCUAAGGCGCCGUCUGACAGAUCUGACAUUUUUCUCGGCAUCUCCUGCGAGCUGCGCUCGGUGCGCUUGUUGCUCCUCUGUUGUUUUUCAGCGAAUUUCCCUGAAAAAGGUUCACGGAACUAUCGUCAGAUAGUGUGCGAUUUUUUUAAUUAUUAUGUUUUGUUCCCCGAAUCAAAUUGUUACUUUAUCAUUUGUUUACAUGCUCCAUUAUUUGGAUAUUGCAUAGGAAAAUAAACUUUUUAAGGGUACACUUGCAGUGUCCCGCUUCGCUUGAAGGCUUUCUCCUAUAUCUUUGGAUUAUGCUUCGCGAUCGCCAUAUGAGUUAAAUGGCUGUCGUUAAAUCCACUGCAUAAGGUAAUCGAUAUGUAGCCUAUUAUUCUCCUACAGCAAAAAUCAUUUUCAUGUAUGUUUUUUAAGACCCAGCAACAGAUUUUUCCCUACUCAUUUCAUUUUUUUGGAACUGGCACGCCGGGAAUUACGCUUGCAAUUUUGCUUUUUAUAUUAAUAUAGCAAUUUUAAAAUGAUUUACUGUUUCGAUAUUCCAAUCAUUAGGAUAUAUUUAUGAGCCGUUUUGUACUUGAAUUUGCACUUAACUUUUAAAAGUGCUAGUUAAGUUUGCAUGACUGGGUGGCGGGUCAGGUGUACUUUUACGUUUGUACACCAUGGGAACCAAACACACGAAGGGAUCCGGGCCGGAACCUGGGGCGAGUCCGCAAUACGGAGGGUGGAAGCGGACGCCAACCAAGGAACGAGGAGACAUAUUCACCUCUUUCAUGCUUAAGUCCGGGGACCGGUUCGGCCGCUCCGGGGCUCCACCCCCGUACCAGCGGCGGAUCGGAAUGAUCCAGGAGAUGAUGGCCAUGGCCAAAGAAGGGAAGCAGGACGAAGCGACGGAGCUGCUGAAAACGCUCCGGCAGGACCUGGGAAUGGAGUCAACAUCCCUGGACGACGUCCUGUAUCGCUAUGCCAGCUUCCGCAACCUGGUGGAUCCCAUCACCCAUGACCUGAUCAUCAGCUUGGCCAGACACAUCAAUUGCCCCAAGACGGAAGGGGAGGCCCUGAACUCCAUGGAGAAGGUGUGCCGCCAGCUGACCUACCACCUUAGCCCACACUCGCAGUGGCGGCGACAGGGCCUGCUGAAGCGGAAGCCCCAGGCCUGUUUGAAGGCCGUCCUGUCCACCCCUCCCGUGAACGGCACAGUGGACCUGUCCGGGAUCCCGCUGUCCGGCCGUGACGUGGAGCGGCUGCGUGUCCACCUGCAGCGCCACGUGUCCCGCGUGCGCACCCUGGAGCUGGGCUUCACCGAGCUCACGGACGAGGCCCUGCUGCUGCUGCUGCCCUGCCUGGCGGCGCUGCCCCGUCUGGAGACGCUGGCGCUCAACGGCAACUGGCUGACGCGCGCCGUGCUGCGCCAGCUCACCGACGCCCUCAAGGACCCGGGCAGCUUCCCCAGCGUCACCUGGAUCGACCUGGGCAACAACGUGGACAUCUUCUCCCUGCCGCAGCCCUUCCUGGUGAGUCUUCGCAAGCGCUGUCCCAAGCAAGGAAACCUGCCCACCAUCCUGGAGUUCGGCGAGAACCAGGCCAGCGAGCCUGAAGGUAGACCCAGCGAUUCCAGGGACCUGGUCACCGAAGCAGAGGAGAUGCAGGAGAUGGAGGUGCAGCGAAAGGUGGCUGAAGACGGGAUGGGUGAAAUGCAAACUGUGACAGAGGCAGAGGGACAAGGUAGCUCUCACAAGCAGAAGAUAGAGGGAUUAACUUUUAGCCAAUCACAACAACUUUAUGGAUGCUGACAUUUUACAUCAUUCCCUAAAGUCCUUUUCAAUGUAAACUUAUUAUAAAGUGGAAGAUGUAUUUUUGAAGUAUUAGUUUGUAAGUUUCAAAGAGGUGGUGAUCAUUUUUUAAAUGUAUUUGUGCUGUUUUAUCCCAGCUGGGGACCUUAUAUUAUUCUAGUGUUAAGCUUUGAGGUAGAAUCUGUAGGUACCAGUGGGUGUGAGGGUCUGGGAGGUAAACAUGGAGGUGGGUAGGUAGCUACGACCAUAUGGCUUUCGCUUUGUCCGCCAAAUUGCCUCUACAUGCCAAAACCUCUGGUCCUCAAAACCAACCAUCUCUUUCUAGUGGGUGGAAAAUGUUUCACAGUAAGCGAGCGGAAAACAUUUCUGCAGAGGCGUCGUACACAGAGGUCGAUCGCGGAGCACCAUUGGUACACAGUGGGUCAAAGUUCAGAUGCCACAAUAUGGAGCGAGAGAGAGAUCAGGCACUGCAAGCUGUGAUUUGUUAGUCUGCCACCUGCAGGGCUCAAGAGGUACAGCACUGAGCAAAGGGCCGACGCUCAGCACUAAAACACUGACGUUAACACACAUUAAGUGAUAAAAUGCCACGUACAAAGGUGUGUAUCAUCCUUUUUAAUAUCAGUUCUCACUUUUAUGUUUGUCAGAUUAUGAAUAAAUAUGUAAUUAUUUAGCCAGAAAUCACUAUGCAUACUGUAUGAUAUAUGGUAUGAGUCAAAAAUCUGGAUACACAUACUGAAAACCAUUUGUUUUUCUGCAAGAUACCAACCCUAAGCUCACCUUGAGGUUAUGUAGUAAGUAUUAUCUUGUGAACAAGGAAAGAGGUGGAGUGCUGUGACAGAUAACCUGGCCCCCACAACCCCCCCACGACCUAAACCCUAUUGAGCUGGUUUGGGAUCAGUUGGAUCGAAGACUAAGCAAGGUAGCCAACCUGUUCCAAGAACUUGUGGGAACUCCUUCAGAACUGUUAGAGACGUAUUAAAAGCAGGUGUGUCCAGACUUUUGACUGGUACUGUACGAAAAAGACAGUUGGGAUAAAACACAUUAGGCCUAUACACUGCUUGAAUUUUCAAUUAUGAAAGUAACAAUUAUGGAUAUAUUUUGUAAAAGAGAAAUGCUGUAUGUACCUUUAAUAAAAUGUGUAUGUUGUACGCGGUUGAUAAA